UUAGUCGUUACCAUUGAGUGCUGGGGUUAGCUAGAUUGUACACUGGUUAUGACUGUCUGUUAUCUCGUGUAGUACCUAGUUAUAUUGGUAAGAGUAGAAAUGUGUUUUUUUUUUUGUGAAGUUGUGACUGUGAUUUGGAACAAUGAACAAACUCCGACAGCUUAUUCAAAUAUUUGCUGGGCCGGUGAAACAUCUUAUUGGGACGGACCAUUUAGGAAAUAAAUAUUAUUAUGUUCCACGACAAAAGUCUUGGACAGGGCAGACUAUUCGAGAAAGAAGGAUAGUAGAAGCAGCAAACCACCUAGAAGAGUAUGAAUAUGAAGCAGGAAAAAUCCCUUCCGAAUGGGAUGCCUGGAUUCGCGGACGAAGGGAGGAUCCACCUGCACUUGAGGAGCUUCUCAGGAAUGAGCAGUAUAGAAAUGAAAUAAAAAUUAGAGCAAAGCAAGCAGAAGAGAAAGACAGUGCAAUUCAAACAAGAGAGUAUGAAGAAGGGCUUGUUGCAAAGCCUGUUAAAACACAUAUAAAAGGACAUGCAUCAGCAGCUUACUAUGGAAAGGAGGAGAUUACAGAAGAACCCAGCAGUGCAGCAGAAGGCUUCCAGCCUGGGAGUUGGAUCCCUCCGAACGGCAGCACUCAAAAAAGAUAGAUAUUAUAUAUGGUUUGUGAAGAGUUCUAUAUCCAUAAAUUCAAAAGCAGGUGAAAAUUGCAUAUAGUUCAUAGAUUGCCAUGACUGUGCUCCAGAAUCAGGAAAAAGAUAAAACUCGUUAAUUGGUUUCAUUGUGCAAGACCCAAUAUUAAUACUGCUUAGGGGUAGUUAACAAAAACUUAAGAACGUCCGAGUGCUGUUAUGAUUGAGUCUCAUGCAGGAGACUGAGGACAGUGCCAGACAGCAAAAAAAGCAACAGAACAGAAAACAACCUUUAAAAGCUGUUUGAAUUUCACUCUGCAACAUAUAUAAACAUAGAGUGAGACAGAACAAAGUAUCUAACAGCUUUUAAAGGCAUUAGUUGUAGUGCUUAAUUACUACAUGCAGCAUCCAUACUCAGCUUUCCCUGAUUUUGCCUCAUAUUUCUGCCGUUCCUCAUAAAUUUAUUUUCUUUUAAGUCAUUGAGGAUUGCAGUCAAUCAGUAAUGCCGAACAGUAGAGUCAAACAAUUCUUCUUUGUCAUCUGAAAAUUCAUGUUGAAGAAAAGCUCUUGUUCUAUUAACUUCUUAAGCAAAUUAAAGCAAUAUUUAGCAACUGUCCCUGAUUUUGAUCCUUUGUCCUCCCCCAUUAUUUUUGGAUUUGUCCAGAAUUUUAAAGCAAAAGAGCUGAGAGGCAAACUGCUGUUUUAUUGAUGCCGCUGUCUAAGUGCUUCACCAGUUUUCAAAGCCAUUAAACCACUUUGUCCUCCUAUACUUUUUUGUUUCUUUAACUGGUAGUAAAUGGAGCAAAUAGCAGAUGCUGUGGCGACCCCUAACCGGGAAAAGCCGAAAGACACAAACAAACAUUACAAGAGAUUAUGAUCAGGUCUCACUGAUCAUAACCUUUUAUUAUGUUUUCUAGAAGUAGAUGUCAAGAUUUACCUUGAUCUUCACAAUUAUGGUGAAUUUCUUGGCAUCCAUAUCAAGAAUACAAAAUAAGCUGGUUAUGAUCAGAGACCUGAUCAUAAUUCUCUAUCUAGUGCAUAAGAAACAAAAAAAUGGUAACUUUAACAUUGAGGAAAUCAUUUUUGCAAAAAGGCUGCUAUCAUAUUUACUAUUCAGACUACUAGCAUUAGGUGAAAAAUAUACUGUUGUGUCAUUCCAUUACAGAAAACAUUUUCUAAUAAGCAUGCUUAUGUUUUCAGAAAAUAAACAAUGGCAUGUUCUAGACAUUCAUAAUCCUGAAGAAGUCAUACCUGAAAGUAUAAAAUUAGUUCCAAAAAAACUGAUAAUCUGUUAUUUAAAAAAAGUCAUCAACAUGUAUGUUCUAAAAGCCACAUCUCAUUUGAAAAGCAUUUUGAAAGUGAUCAGCUUUCUUAAUAAAGUGACUGGGUUUGUCCACCAUA